ACUUCUUGAGGCAAGGUACGGGAAUAGUCGAAAACAGCGCCGCAGUCGGACGGCCUUUACAAACCAGCAGCUAGCCGCACUUGAGAAAACUUUCGCUAAAACUCACUACCCGGAUGUCGUAAUGCGGGAAAGGUUGGCAAUAUGCACCAACCUACCAGAAGCUAGGAUACAGGUGUGGUUCAAAAAUCGACGUGCUAAGUACAGAAAACAACAAAGAAAUCAAGACCACCAUGAGGAUGGUAGUAACCCUUCUACAACAGCCCAAGAUGACCCCAGAGAUACCUCUGUACAAACGAAACCAGUGACGUCAUCACUAUCAAAAUAUGAAAGCUCAGAUGAACUUCAAGAUGAGCAUGACAACACGACAAAGCAGAUAAAUGAAAGCGAUAGAAACCAGAAGGAUAAUGUUGGCGGGAGUGUGGCAGACGAUCAUAAUGAAAAAAAGAGAAAAUCACCUGAAAAAAGGGAGCCGCCAAGUGACCAACCCGUGCUGACCACUUCACCCUUACAGCCUUUUCCAGUUCCUCCGCCGCAUGCAUUAUUCAAUGGCAUUUUCACGAACGAAAACUUUCACCUUCACCAUCGCCUUCGAAAUAUGUAUUCACAUCCACCGCCUUCAUCGCAAGCGUUCCUACCUAGGCCCCACCUAAUGGGCCCCUCUGGAUCGUUGACUGGCAUGCCAGAGGGAACUGCACUCGUACCUAGUUUUCUAGCCCCUCCGUUUCAUCCUUUUAUUACCGUUGGUCCAAGACAUAUGUGUAGUCAAUUUACUACUGAACAAAAACUUCCCAAAUCUUCGAUUGAGAAUGUUCGAAUGAGGGGCAGACCGUAUGCUAACCUGAUGGGUUUGAAAGGUUACAUGAAAUAGUAGCACCAGCCUUAAAAACAAACAAAUCAAAGUAAUUAUUUCCUAAAGAACCUGUCAAUUAUCAUUUCAUUAAUAAUUGUAAUUUUUACUGUUUUGAGUAAGACAAAUAAGCAUUUGAUAGAAUUAUCGAUACAUUCAUCUUUUUUAAGCUUAGAUAAAUAAUGAUUCAUUAAAACACUGUGGCAUAGUUACUGUAUAAUAGUAUUUAAUACAUAAGCGUUUGUGUAUAUAUUAUUGAUAUGAUUGAGAUGUACAGUAUAUUGUAUAUUGUCUCGUUUUUACACUAAGUUAAUUACAUAAUUUAGUUUUAAUAACUAAUAAUAUAAUGUGCAAUAUAUAAAACAUUAACUAUUACAUCUGUUCCAUUAGAAGUAGUAUUACUCGUGUUUAUUGAUGGAUCCGCAAUUAUUAAUUUAUGUAUCUUUAUAAAUGAGUGAAAAUGACUUCUUCAACCUUUCUAAUGUAAGUCUCUGUAGUCUAUUGUAUCUGUAUAUAAACAAUCCGCUGUGGUGACUCGUGUAAGCAUUACUGUAGGCCUAUUUGCACUUGCGUCAAAACGCGUAUACCUUGUACUAUGUGAAUCAACCUUUACUUUAGUGAAUAAAGUCACUGAAACAGAAUGUUGAUGAUUCAUAGAUAGGCCUAUGUAUUGCAAAUGUAAAUUGGCGUAAACGAUUAAGUGUGAACAUUAAAUUUUGUGGUAACCUUGUUGUGCCAAUAAAGCUCCCCAAGAAUAGAUAUUUAUCAUGUAGUAUUAGAUAAAUCUAAGCAAUUUACGCCGCCUAUUGAUUAAUUUUGCAAUGUUAACAAUAUUUUCGCAACUCUAUUUAAAGUUUUAUUGAGGCUAUCUAUAAUUGUGAGAUAAUUAUCAUAAGUGUGGAUAAUUAACCCUUGUGAAAGUAGUAUAGUUAGUAAAUUGGAUUAAAUUGUUAUGUUUGAUAAAUUAUUAUACAGGAUUUACUUUCGCCAAAUUAAUUGAAGUGUUAAAAUAUUAUGAGGAAACCAUGCCAUAACGAAUCUUCUAUUGACUGUUAGAAUCAGAAUGCUUAUAUUAGCCAAAGUUUAAUUCUGGUGGUUAAGCUAAUUGCAAUACGUUGUAUUAAUAAACACAUUUAAACGUUUCGGAUAAUUUAUUCAAUUUGGAGCAUUUUACUGUUUGAGCCUUCUGUUAUUGUGUCAGGAGCUUAGCGAUAACUUAAUAAUUAAGUUUACUUUUAAGUGAUUACUAGACGUAGGACUAUUCAAUUCUGUUUCAGUAACAUGGCCUUUUGUGAUACCGGUGCUGUAUCCGAGCAGCUGAGACAACUUCGUUUGCAAAAGCGAUACCAACUUUCCAUAUUCUGAUAACGAAAAUCUUCUCAAUCAAGUUACGGAUGCUAUAAUUCAACAAAACAGAAUUGUCUCAAAAAUUCGACAACACAGUCGGCACAUAAUAUAUGCAAAGAAAAUAUAUUAAAAGCUGUGACUAUAUGUGAUGGUAUUCACAAUCCAAUAUUCUUUUCAUAACAUAAAGACAGUCGGCUGUUAAAUGUUUGAAAUUACCUUGUUCAACAUAAUUUUCUUACCAUUUAAAUUUUGUGAAUUAUUCCAGAAUUAAAUACUUUGGUUUUUAUCUACAUUUGAACUUC